GUCUCACCCAAUUUAUUUUAUUUUCGGCGGGGUGAUAAGUUGGUAGCUUCUAUCCUCCAACCGAAGCUUCCAUCGUCAAUCGGCACCAUCACCAUUUUUCUUUGCCUUCUCUUUAGGGGUUUUCAUGUCGACUCCAAUUCUUCGCGAUAUCAAAGAUAAUUAUUGCCCAUAUAGUAACCCUGUCUACUUUUAAAGCAACUAGUCGCAAUAUAAUAGCUUCCCGUUCACCACGCGCCGAAAAGGUUCACAUCCAUUUUCCGCCGCCAUUUACAUAUCUUCUCAUAAUCGACACGACCGACACUACCACGAUUCAUCGUCUUCUCGAGCCUGUAGCGAUCUCCUCGAUUAACAUCAACAUUUUUAUUCCUUCCCCGAAACCAUCAUAACCAUAAUAAAUUGCUAUUCAAUAUGAUCAGGAUGAGGCAAACUGCAAGACCAGCUCUGAGAAUAGGCGCUAGAUCGUUGCGCCAACUAUCCAUCCGUUCGGAGUCUACGACUCCACCACCUGACAGCCCAACCAGCAGAACUAGGCCUACCAAUGGUACUAGACCUAUCGAAACACGCUGCCCGAGCCGUACUUCCAGUCUAUCCGUUCGAGCUCAUUCCUUCUCCAGCGCCUCCUCCAGCGCCUCAUCCGUAUCGAACGCUCUCCAAGCAGCGUCCAUCUCGACCGAGCAAUAUCACGAACUUGCGAAUAAGUACCUCGAUGUGGUCCAAGCAAAAUACGAAGACAUGCAAGAUCAGGAUGAUUCCAUUGAUGUUGAGUAUAGUUCUGGUGUCAUGAACAUCAAGAUACCGGCGUUAGGUACUUACGUCGUGAACAAGCAACCGCCGAACAAGCAGAUAUGGCUUUCCUCACCGGUCUCGGGUCCUAAGCGAUUCGAUUGGGUACUCUCGAACGAUGGCGAUGGUAAUGAACGCGGCGACUGGAUAUAUCUUCGAGAUGGCACUAAGCUAAGUGAGCUACUCAAGGAAGAGACUGGGGUUGAUAUCGGCGAGACUGUCCAAUGAACGGGUUUUACACGAAUGGAUGGUAGUUGCGAUGGGUGAUGGAGUCGCGGGGCUUCGUGGUUUGUUACCCGAAUAUCAUUAUUCCCCCCUCAGGAGGUACAAUCUGCAUUUACACAGGGAGUUUGAGGAAGGACCUAUACCAUAGGGCGCAUUUUGCAUGGUAGACAAUAGGGUUAUGGACGGAUUGUUGUUAUUAGUACUAUUGGCAUUGUCACUAUACCUCUCCGAUGAUAUUAUACGUUUCAUGCGUUAUGCUUAAUGAAUAACUUUACACAAUUUUACUGACAUCACAUUCAGAAUUCACAUUCAAAGUUUACGAGA